AUGGAAUCUAAUAAUAACAAUUUUUCAAAUUGGCCAAAAAAGACUCGUGGUAUUUGUAAACCGAAAACAACAAAAAAUACUUCAUUAUCGAUAUCAUGUACUUACAUUAUACCUUCAAAUAAUGAUACAUUUCUUAAUCAUCAAGAAAUCAUAUCAUCUCCUAUACCAUCGGGACAUCUUGAAACAUCAACUAGAUUUUGGCAGUUUAGAGUUGAAGAAGGUCGAACAACUUAUGUUCGUUAUGGUAAUAUUCGAGCUGAUGGUAGUUUUAAAGAAAGAGCAACUCAUAUUCAACAACAUCUUAAUUACGUGGAUGCGAAAAAAUUUGUGGAAAAUUUAGUUGAUGAAAAGAUUAAAGCUGGUUAUGUUGGUUGGGCACGUUGGUGA